AUGUCUAUCCCCAAAGCGGAGGUUGUUCAUGGCCUCAAGACAUUCAUUCCUCUGGAGAACAACCCAGAGGUCCUGUCGCAUCUCUGCCAAAACCUUGGUGUGGCUCCUGGACUCACCUUUCAUGAUGUUUUCUCUACAUCGCCGGACUCCCUGUCGUGGAUCCCUCGCCCCAUUCAUGCACUGAUCCUGCUCGCGGACUGGCCCAUAUAUAAUGCAGCCCGGUCUGCAGUGGUACCUACGAUCCCGGAAUAUCAGGGCUCUGGUGCGGGCGAACCGAUCAUCUGGAUCAAACAGACGAUCGGACAUGCCUGCGGUCUGAUGGCGCUGCUGCACUGCGUCUUCAAUCUAGAUGGGGGACGAUAUGUCCGUCGGGAUUCGAAAUUGGGGGACAUUUUGAAGUGUGCCAUCGAACUUGAACCGGCUGAACGAGCACAGUUGUUGUAUGACUCCAAUUUUCUUGAAGAAGCACACAUGGAGGCUGCAUCUCAGGGUUCAUCUGCGGCUCCUUCGCCCCACGAUGAGAAUCAUCACCACUUCGUCGGGUUUGUCCAGAAGGACAGCCAGGUAUGGGAGCUCAAUGGAGGCAUGAAGGGGCCUUUAUUGCGGGGAACCCUUGAUGGAGACGAUCUGCUGAGCGAGCGGGGGCUGGAAUUAACCGUGCAGGACUUUUUAGAGGCGGCAGCGAAAGGAGGAUAUGGUGAAAUGAGUAUCGUGGCAAUAGCUGGGAUGGAUGCUUAG